AUGGAUCGAAACAUAUACUUCGUUGGCGUAGACGUUGGUUCUGGAAGUGCGCGCGCGGCGUUGGUUGACAAGCAUGGAGUUGUCUUAAAGAGUGCUGUAAAGGACCUAAAGACAUGGAAACCUAAACCGGGGUAUUACGAACAGUCUUCGAACGAUGUGUGGGACUGCUGUGAACGGGUUAUCAAGGAUGUCACGACUGGCAUUAAUUCUAAACAAAUCAAGGGAAUCGGCUUCGACGCGACCUGUUCCUUAGUAGCGUUAGAUUAUAACGGUAACCCCAUAAGCAUUAGCGAAACUGGCAACAAUGAACAAAACAUUAUCAUGUGGAUGGACCACAGGGCACACGAAGAAGCGAAUUCCAUCAAUAAAACUGGUCACGAAAUACUCAAAUUCGUUGGCGGCAAAGUCAGCUUGGAAAUGGAGAUGCCCAAAUUGCUAUGGCUGAAAAAGCAUUUGCCGCAAACGUGGAAAAAGUGCGGGUACUUUUUCGACCUACCCGACUUUUUGACAUGGAAAGCUACCGGUUCGCUGACACGUUCUCUAUGUUCCUUAGUCUGCAAAUGGAAUUACGAAUGCUCAACAAAAACGCGUGGCUGGAACGUCUCCUUCUUGCAAGAGAUAAACCUUGAGGAUUUGGUGGUAGACAACUUUGCUAAAAUCGGGAAUAAGGUCUUAAUGCCUGGGGAGCUGUGUGGUGGGCUACUGCCAAAUGUUGCCAGUUCUUUGGGGUUGCUGGAAGAUACGCCGGUCGCUACAUCGAUUAUAGAUGCGCACGCUGGAGGUCUUGGCAUGAUAGGAACUAUUGGGGAUAACAUUAACUGCGAUAUGUCGAGCCGUCUCAGUUUAAUAUGUGGUACAUCCACUUGCCAUAUGGCUGUGAACACGAAGCCGAUCUUAGUGAAUGGCAUAUGGGGACCGUAUUUCAGCGCUAUGGUCCCUAAUAUGUGGUUGAACGAAGCUGGACAGAGCGCAUCGGGGAUGCUUUUGGACUAUGUCAUAUCAAGCCAUCCCGCUGGUAUAGAGUUGUUGAGAAAAUAUAAUACUGGCGAUGUACGAGCACAUUUGAAACAGUUACUUCAGACAAUGGCUAAAAGUAAAGGAUACCAAGAUGUCAGUUUGCUAACCAGAAACUUCCACAUGUGGCCAGACUUCCAUGGGAAUCGUUCGCCCAUUGCUGAUCCCACUUUAACUGGCAUGAUCGUGGGACUAACGAUAAACAGCAGUGAGGACAAUUUGGCACUUCUCUAUCUGGCAACAGUGCAGGCAUUAGCUUAUGGGACAAGGCAUAUAAUUGAAGCAUUAGUACAAGCCGGCUAUGAACCGUUUAAAUCUCUAUUAAUCUGCGGUGGGUUAGCUAAAGAUCCUCUAUUCAUUCAAAUACAGGCAGAUUCAGUCGGUCUGCCCAUACUCAAGCCACAUGAAAAAGAAUCCGUCCUUUUGGGAUCUGCCAUACUUGGAGCUUGCGCAUCACAAUACUUUAACAAUGUCGAAACGGCCAUACAAAACAUGGGGGGUAAAGCCGAUGUUGUGAAACCGACAGCACAUAUGAAGCAAUUCCAUGACAAAAAAUUCAAGGUCUUCAUCAAAAUGUUUCAGGACCAGAUGCAAUAUAGAAAUAUAAUGAAUGACACGUAG